CUUUUAUUCACCCUACACCACAUGGUGACAACUUGCUGGAGUGAGCUCUUCUACUUCUUCUUUUUGCCACAAUGGACUCUGGAAUUUGUAACCAUGUUCUGAGGUCCCCUGAGAUGAAAGUACUCUGUUAGAGAACAUGGUGAGACCCUGGAGAUAGAUUUAGAAGUUUUCCCCUGAUGUUAAUACCCCCAAGAAUGAUCUGAGCAUGCUUCUAUUUUCAGCUCUGCACCAUACAGUGGCUGGCCUCUUAGUCCUUCACUUGAGUAGAUGUUGGCACUCACAGUCCUGUUCUGAGGUCGGCAUAGCUCUGUGAGGGAUCACAAUAAGAUCCCAGGGACAGAUUCAGGAAGCUCCAGUCCAAAAACAGGUAACCUCCAAGGAUGGUUGCAUCCUUGACUCUGUUGCCAGCCCAGCACCAUAAGGAAGCAGACUUUUCAGGGGAGACACUUGGAUUCCAAGUUCCCUUUCCCCCACCCCUCCUUCUGUCUCAGAAGUUCCCUGAAAUCAGUGAGCCUUGAUCUGGGGGCAGCAGACUGAGAUCACCAGAUGUUGAGGUCCAGAAUAGUCUGGGAGUCAUAGGGAAGACUGAGGGAUGAUAAAGAGCCACCAAAAUAUCCCAUUAUUUCCUUGCUGUUAACUCUGGGAGGCUCAGGAUCUAUGGCCACAUGUGGAGUUCCCAAGCUUUUGUCUUGGGUAUCAGAAAUGAAGGAAAUGUCAUGGUCAUAGGGAAGAAGGACCAGAUUAUGAAGGAGAGAAUUCUAAUACAACAAAGGAUGCCUCAGAAGUACAAGGAGGCCCCAUUUGAGGUGACCAGUAAAGUAAUGCCUGGUUUCCACAUGUUGGUCUGAGAGGGGAGAGGGUUUGUAGGUAGAAGUAGGGCCUGAGGCCAGCAGAGUAAGGGGCCCAGGCACUGAUGGAAGUCAAGAUAAAUACUGAGGAAAGACUGAGAGCACCUUGAAUGGGCAGCUAUGCCCCUGCCCCGAGCCCAGAUAGGCACUAAUAACCGGAUGAUUUCUGACUUCUGCAUCCAGGUCUGAGAGAAUUUAGGAGGCUUACUUGAAAGAAUGCUGCCUCAGCAGAGGGAAUGGCCUGGGUAUUAUGGGAUGACAGUGGGGCACUCGCACUUGGGAGUGCAUGGCUGCCUCCACCCUCUUGUCAGUUCUGCCUUCACUUUAGCCUAUAAGGUGUCAGGGGAAAGUGAGGCCUGUUCUGCAGAAUUGCUGUGGAGAUAUCAGAAAGGACGCAUCAGAUAAAUAAACUUCUGGUGGACUCAGGGAAUCCCAUAUCAACAGUCGUGUCAGAACUCAAGGUGAGGACUGAGAGCAUCCAUCACCUAAACACGUGGGACCUAGAGCUUCUAUUGGCUAUGGGAAAACCUAGAGACUAUAGGUGGAUUUCUUCUGCUCACUUCCUUUUUCUUUUCACAGAAAUACAGCGUCACAUUAAAGAAGGUGGGUUAAGCUCAUCAGGGGAAGCAGUUCAGUCCUUGCAAUUUAUCAAGGUAAAUAUGAAACAGGCUCUCCUUCAUGACACACACAGACCCUAGUGAAGUAUGUUACCACUUUCUGUCACCCUGGGAAAGUUUAACUGGAUGUAAGGUUCCCUCGCUGCCUUGUCCCAUCCCAGAGUUGUGGACCUCCAUUGCAAGAAGUUGGCCUCAGGCAGAAGAGGGUUGGGGUCCAGACCCUGACAAUGCAAAGAGUGACUACAGAGGGUACCAUAUGAGACAGUGGAGAAGUUACCCAGAGUCCAGCUCUCCUUUCCAAUUAGGGCCAGGCACCUAGUAGUCUCACAGUCUGCAACUCUUGUUCUGGGGUAGUGUCUUCAGGUCAGAUGCAGGGGAAGGCCACACAGAGUCAGGAGUGAACGUGAGGCACCAAGGGUCCCAUCCUUCCCAGAACACAGGGACUCCACAUUUCCUUGUCCCACUGGAGUGUCAAGCUCUGUAACCUGACUGUGCCCUGAAGACACUUCUUACUUCUUCCUUCAGUGUCCUAAGUAAUAGGACUGACAGAAAGACAGGCUCCCUUGUGGCCAUACGGUACCACCCAAGAGAAAAAGUCAACAGGCCAUUCGGAAAAGUUUCAGGUUGUAACAGUCACCAAAGUAUUCUUGCAUCACUUUCUUCUUGCCCCAGGUCUGAGUCUGUACCCAUCCUCCUGCUUGCUAGCUUCAAGAACGUCAUCAUGUCUCAUGGUCAAAAGAGGCAGUAUUGCGACUUUCAGGGAGAAUCUCAGGCCCCAAAAGAAGAACAGGGCCAGAUGAAUUCUGAUCUCUCUGUGGCUGAGGGAGAGGAGUCCAAUAACAACGACUCCUCCGAUUCCACUAGCCCAGCACUCCCCAGGAAGAUACCUGAUGGCGGGAUACCAGAUUCUCCCCAGAGUCCUCAGCGAGCCUUAUCUCCUCCCACUGUCAUGGCCUCCAUUCCAAUAUCCCCAUCUGAUGAGGCCUCUGGCAACCAAAGAGGGGAGCUGGUAUUGUACCAUGCACUGAGUGCAAAGGUGGCUGAUUUGGUGCAGUUUCUGCUCCUUAAGUAUAGAUUGAAGGAGCUGACCAACAAGGCAGAAAUUAUAGAAAAUAUUAUUGGGGACGCUGAGCAGCACUACAAUAGGAUAUUUAAUGAGGCCUCUGAGGGUUUGAAGCUUGUAUUUGGCAUUGAUGUGAUAGAAAUGGACCCUGUUAUCCACACCUAUGCCUUUGUCAUUGCCCUGGAAAUCACUUACGAUGGGAUGCUUACUAAUGUCCAAGGCAUGCCCAAAACAGGCCUCCUAAUAACUGUCCUAGGUGUCAUCUGCAUGUAUGGAAAUCGGGUCAGUGAGAAUGUGAUCUGGCGAGCACUAAAUAUGAUGGGAGUAACUCCCAUAGAAAAUCACUAUAUAGCAGGGAAUGCCAAGAAGCUUUUCACUGAAAAGUUUGUACAGGAAGGGUACCUGGAAUACUUUCCAGUUCCUGACAGUGAUCCUCCUUGCUGUGAGUUCCUAUGGGGUCCAAGGGCCCAUGCUGAAACCAGAAGUGUGGCUGUCUCAGAGUUUUUGGCUCAGGUCAGCAGGAUAAUCUAACUGGCUCCAUACCCUUCCAGUCCCUGUAUUUAUUUUU